AUGGGACCCCACGCGAGAAGGGGAGGUCAGCAAAACCCCCAAGGCAGGUUCCCUCCUGCACACCCGAGAAUCUUUCACGGGGAAAUCCAAGAACUCAGCUACGCCCUGGAAAUGGAGAGAGCCGGGAGGGUUGAAGACAACCAGAAACUGGCCCACCUGGAGGCCGAGCUGGAAGAGACGAAACUCCAGUUAAAGAAGCAGAAAGCUCUCAAAGAAACGUUUAUCAACGAGGCCAAGGAGGCAAAGAGGGAACUUGAGAGACUAGAGAAGUUCAGCGAUCCAGCAGUCCUUAACGCAGCGGUCAUUGCUUCCAAGGUUCACAACGAUGUGAAGUACAUGAAGAAGAAGAACUUGCAAGAAGACUUUGAGGAGUUAAAGGUGGCCCACCUCCUCAGCCGGGAAGCGUUUGUAGCUGAAAUACAGGCUGAGAGAAAGAAAAGUCUGGCCCUCCAAGAAGAACUGAACCAACUGCAGACUUCAUACGAGGAGCUGCGUUCCCAGUAUGAAGCAGAUGAUGCUCUGCUGAGGCAGGAGGCUGAGACACAAAAGUAUGAUGAAGCAAGGCUUAGUGAGGAACAACGGCUGUUGGAGAACUUGAGAGCUGAAAAGGAUGAAAUGUAUCAAGAAAUGUCUCAAAAGAUCAAAUUCCUGCAAGGCAGUGAGAAACUUCUGCAGGAGGAAUUAAUUCAGCUGAAAUGUUCAUACAAUGAGCUCAAUUGUAAAUACGAAAGGGAUGUUUCUGGAUUGAAGCAAGACAUGGAUAGAUAUCAGGAGGAAGUGAGACAUGCGACAGAUGCCAACAUAGAAAGAGACAACGAAAAUCUGCAGCUCAUCAACAAGCUGAGAGCUGAAAAGGAGGAGCUCCUCCAAAAAAUGUCAGGAGAAAUCGAGACAUACCAGCAUCAGGUAGAGCAGGAGAGAAAAGCUCACCUGGAGAAAACAGAGGAGGACAAGAAGCUUUUAGACAAUAUGAGAGCUGAGAAGGAGGAGCUCCUCCACAAAAUGUCAAGAGAAAUCUCAAUUCGGCAAAAGAGGGAGAAGCAAAUGCUGCAUGAACUGGACCAGAUUCACACUCUCUACGAGGAGCUAAAAUGUAGAUAUGAAAGAGACAUUAUGGACAUACAGCAGCAGGUUGAGACAUACGAACAGAAGAUUUACAAAAAUGAUUUACAAAGAGAAAGAGACGAUCUACUGCUGGCCGACAGUCUCAGAGCCGAGGAAGAAGGUUUCCAACAACAACCCAUCACGGUUUCCCAAGAGAAGGACGAAAACUCACAGAACCAAGUUAAAGUCUUAAAUCAAGAGGUUUCUUCAGAGGAGGAUCUCUCAGGAGAACCUUUACCAGGUUCUUCCACUGAUCCAGAAUCCUCAGAAGAGACUGAGGUUGCUGGAGAAACCAUCCUGGAGGAUUUGGACAAUCCAGAUGGUAAAAGGAAAAAAUCUAAAAUUUCCUUUUGGAAGAAGGUACGAAACUUUCUGCGAUGUAAGAAGCCAAAAAACAAACAAACGAGUAAAGACAAUCAAGAUCAUGUCUAAAGUUCUUGAUUUUGAUUGAUUUAGAGAAGGAGAAAGACGUGCAGGAGACGAACCAAGGACUGGAAUCAAAGGCAUGGAGGUUGUAGCCUCUGUGAACGGGGCGCCAUGCCACGCUCCGUCAAGACCAAAUUUAAAAAGUUUUUCCCCCCAUUGACAAACUAGAAAAUAGAUCCCUUCCCAACCCAAUUGGAAAAAACGUGGGCAGCACGGUGGUGCAGCGGUUAGCGCUGCGUCUUCACAGACACCAUCUGUGUGGAGUUUGCAUGUUCUCCCCGUGUUUGCGUGGGUUUUCUCCGGGUGCUCCGGUUUCCCCCCACAUCUCCUAAAACAUGUCGGUCAGGUCAGUUGGUCACUGCAAAUUGCCCCCAAAGAUUUGAAGAAACCCCAAACACAUGUGCAGCUUUAUUGUUAAACUUGUCAAAUUAAUUGAAUUAGCCGUACGUUAGCCCUUUUCCCUUCGCUGCUUUAGCGCCGCAACAACACUGGGCUCAAUUUUUAUAGCAACGUAUUGAUUUAAGAAUUAAAAUGUCUUC